AUGAGUGACGACGAGGGUCCAAUUGCCGAAAAUAAGCCGUUAAGGCUUCCUAAGAAAGCCCAGCGUGUCAAGAACAAGGCACCUGCGGAAGUUCAAAUUACUGCAGAACAACUUCUGAGAGAAGCCAAAGAAAGAGAACUUGAAUUAUUACCUCCACCACCUAAGCCUAAGAUUACCGAUCCCGGUGAGCUCGCUGAGUAUCAAAGAAAAAAAAGAAAAGAGUUCGAAGAUGGAAUCCGUAAAAACAGAAUGCAAAUUGCAAAUUGGAUCAAAUAUGGUAAAUGGGAGGAAUCCAUUGGUGAAGUUCAGAGAUCUCGAUCAGUAUUUGAAAGAGCUCUCGAUGUGGAUCAUAGAUCAAUUACUAUUUGGUUACAAUAUGCAGAAAUGGAGAUGAGAUCCAAGCAGAUUAAUCAUUCAAGAAAUGUGUUUGACCGUGCUGUUACUAUUUUACCAAGAGCUAUGCAAUUCUGGCUCAAAUACUCAUACAUGGAAGAAGUCGUAGGUAAUUUACCAGGAGCUCGUCAGGUCUUUGAAAGAUGGAUGGAGUGGGAACCACCUGAGCAAGCUUGGCAAACGUAUAUAAACUUUGAACUCAGAUAUAAAGAAAUUGAUCGCGCUCGAUCAAUAUAUCAAAAGUUCUUACAUGUUCAUGGAACUAAUGUGCAAAACUGGAUAAAGUACAGUCGUUUCGAGGAGAAAAAUGGUUAUAUUGGUAAUGCUCGUGCUGCUUAUGAACGUGGUAUGGAGUACUUCGGUGAAGAUAACAUUGAGGAACCCUUAUUAAUUGCUUUUGCACAGUUUGAAGAAAGACAGAAAGAACAUGAGAGAGCUCGCGUUAUAUACAAAUAUGGAUUAGAUCAUCUCCCAUCUCACCGUACCGCUGAAAUAUUCAAGCACUAUACCAUUCAUGAGAAAAAGUACGGAGAACGUGCUGGUAUCGAAAACGUUAUUGUCAGCAAACGUCGAACUCAAUAUGAAAAGCAAGUGUCUGAAAAUUCAUUCAACUACGAUGCUUGGUUUGACUACCUGCGUCUUCUAGAAAAUGAGGAGUGUUCUCGAGAGGAGGUUGAGGAUUGUUAUGAAAGAGCAGUAGCUAAUAUUCCCCCUCAUAUGGAAAAGCGACAUUGGAGAAGAUACAUAUAUCUUUGGAUCAACUAUGCUUUGUAUGAGGAACUAACUUGUAACGAUGUGGAGAAAACAAGAGAAAUUUUCAAAUAUUGCCUGGAGAUCAUUCCACACAAGAAGUUCACCUUCGCAAAGAUUUGGAUAAUGUACUGUCAGUUUGAAAUCAGACAAAAGCGAUUGCAAGAUGCAAGAAAAAUCAUGGGUACUGCUAUUGGUAAAUGCCCAACUGACAAACUAUUCAGAUCCUACAUUGAUCUCGAACUACAACUACGUGAGUUUGACCGCUGUAGAAUGCUGUAUCAAAAGUUCCUUGAACAUUCUCCGGAGAACAGCUCUACCUGGAUUAAGUUCGCUGAGUUGGAAACUUUACUGGGAGACACAGAGCGUGCGAGAGCAUUGUUUGACAUAGCUAUAAACCGUCCUGCUUUGGAUAUGCCAGAAAUUUUAUGGAAGUCGUACAUUGAUUUCGAGAUAAAUCAGGAAGAAUACGAUAGAGCCCGAGAAUUAUAUGAAUCAUUAUUGCAAAGAACUAAUCAUAUAAAGGUGUGGGUGUCUCUUGCUGAGUUUGAACAAUCCAUUGGCAAUAAUGAAGUUGCCCGAAAGGUAUAUGAAAGAGCAAACUCCGCACUGGAAAAUUCAGAGAAAGAAGAAAGACUCAUGUUGUUAGAAGCUUGGUUAUCAUCAGAAAAGCAAAUUGGAGAUGCAACACAGAUUGAACGGGUUUCCAAUCUUAUGCCACGCCGUGUGAAAAAAAGAAGACAAAUCCAAACUGAUGAUGGUGUUGAUGCUGGUUGGGAAGAGUAUUACGAUUACAUUUUCCCACAAGAUCAAGCUUCAAAAGGAUCGUUCAAACUCUUGGCUGCUGCUGCUCGUUGGAAAAAACAAAGAGAAGAAACUGCUAUGGAUGUUGAAAGUGCCGUAGAUGAUAGAGACGAAGAGAGACGAGGAGAAGGUGAAGAGGACGUCAAGGAUGUGAUAGAAAAACAACGAGAAGGUGAUAGUGAUACGGAUUUAGAUGAGUCAUCUUCAUCUUCUUCUUCAUCUUCAUCUUCAAGCUCUUCUGAUUCUAGCGAUUCGUCGGAUGACGAUAGUGACUAA